AUGGAGUGGUCUAAUGAGACGAUUGCUGAAUUUUUAAUUUUGUACGAAAGCGAACCCUCUCUGUGGAAUUCGAAAAGUACAGAGCAUAAAAACAAAAACGACCAGCACGAUGCCUGGCUACGAAUCCAAAUGAAUUUAAAAAAUGGUACCAUGCAGUUAAAAGAAAUUAAGAAAAAAAAGGAUACUUUAAUGGGAACCUAUAGAAAAUUAAGGAGCAAAGUUUCCCAAUCAGUAAAGUCCGGCAGCGGUGCUGAUGAAAUUUAUAAGCCUGACUGGCCAUUUUAUAGUGUGAUGGCCCAAUUUUUGGAUGAUGUGUAUUAUCCCAGAAAAACAAAGAAUUCUGAGGUAAGUAAGUACUUUAUUUACUUUAAGUUAUUUAGUUUUAAAAUUACAAGUUACAUCAAUUUACAGUAA